ACCAGUGACAUUGGUAUGACAAGGUGAUAUAUUUUUUUCCAAAAUGAUCCUCCCAAGCUUAUUCAUUUUCCUCGUCGCCACAACACUCGUCCAAUCUGUGGACGAGACCUUAGAGGAAAAAACAAAAGGUGCCGAUGUCGCGGAUGCCGUAAUUCGUCGGAUUGUUCGCACCGGAAUUUUUCCCGAUGAUCAAAACCUAUUUCGCCGCAUAGCAUUCACAGAAACGCGAUUCGGUGAAGAUCCAAAAACAUAUCGGGAUGGAUAUCUUGGGGGAAUUUGGCAAGUGGACGAGGCGUACUUUAAUCGGACGAAAAACGUCACAUUUCCGGAAAAUAUUUAUGACGAAAUUCAGACCAGAUGGGGCAUUAACUGGAGGACGUCGGUGACCUGGAAUGAUUUGUUGAAACCUUUUUACUCUGGACUCGCGGCAAGAUUGUUUAUCCAGCAAUUGGUCAAUGAGAACAAACCGAUUCCUGGAACGGUAGCUGCCCAAGCGCAAUAUUGGGUAAGCAACUAUCGCCCGACGCAGACCGUGGAGGUAUUCAUCAGGGAGGUGAGGGCGUUAGAGAGUGAUUUCGUUUGCGAGGGGAUGAUGGAUAUUUGCAUAGUGCUUGAUGGUUCUAACAGUAUUGGGGUUGCUGACUUUGAAAAGGCUAAAGGUUUCGUAGCUGACUUGGUCAAGACAUUCUCAAUGGACACGAGUAGAGUGGCGUUCAUCACGUAUGCGGACAUUGCCUACGAAAUAUUCGACUUCCAACACAGCCUGACUAAUGAACAGAUGGACGCCGUCAUUAAAAACGCAAGUUAUCCAAAUGCAAACACAAAUACGCCUGCAGGACUCCUCAUGGGUGUCGACUUUUACAAUGCGAUCGGAACUCGUGGUGGGGUUCCACAGGUCAUCACCACUUUUACAGAUGGACUUUACAACCGAGGGAACUUGCCAGAAGCUUUGAUGGCUGUGAGGGCGAGAGGCUUGGUAUCAUUUUCUGUCGGAAUUGGGAGCGACAUCGACUACCCAGAACUAUUGCAAAUCGCUCUUCUUGACCCAAAACGUGUCUUCAUGGUGAAUGAUUAUGACGCUUUGGCCGAGUUUUUCUAUCACAUGAAUUCAGCUACGUGCGAAGUGCCUCAACAACCAGCACUUGGAACAAAUCAAACUGGAAGGUUAAACCCAGAAGAACGGCGAUACUUUCAAUACUCGUUCCCUGCAAUUAACAUUGGUCUUAGCAUUAACAUUCGGUCCACCGGACAAGGUGUCCUUACCGGGUGGUUCUCGUACUCUGAGCCCACGCCUAAUUCUGCAGUGAACGAUGGAGUGAUUCAACCAGGGUCAAUAUCAAUUCCACCACCACCACCAAGGGCAAGACAGGAGGGCGAGGAAGCGGUCGUGUACCUAACUUUGGAGAACGGGCCUGGCGAAAACUUGGGUGAAUAUGUCAUUUUGGCGGAGGAAGGUUCUCAAGUUACGGAUGAACCCACAACUGCACCCACAACUACAACCCCACCCACAACUGCACCACCAACUACAACCCCACCCACAACUGCACCACCAACUACAACCCCACCCACAACUGCACCACCAACUACAACCCCACCCACAACUGCACCACCAACUACGACCGAACCUACAACUACAACUGCAGGCAGUAGUUAUUCGAGUCCCAUCUCUGUCCCCAUUAUUAUGACUCUGGCUAUUAUAUUUUUUGCGUUUCAAUAAAUAACUACAACUUUUAAAGUGUUUAUGAAAACUUAAAA